CAAGAAGAGGACUGGACAUCUAUCAGCCCGCCAUGGACGUCCUGGCUCGUUUAAGUUCAAAUAUGAAGAGCAUGGAGCGUGAGCUUCAGUGCCCAGUGUGUAAGGACAUAGUGAAGCAGCCUGUGGUGCUGCCCUGCCUGCACAGCGUAUGUCUACUUUGUGCUUCGGAGGUGCUGGUGCAGAGUGGCUACCCCCAGCCUGAGCUGCCUCCUGAGCCCAACUCGCCUGCUUCCACCCCUAACACCCGCUCUCCACGCCAGGCCCGCAGGCCCAUGCCCAAGGCCGAUCGUAUAGACCGUGCACUGCGGCCAGGAUUUGGUACAUACCCAGGUCGCCGGCGAAAGGAAGGCCCUACCCAGCUAAUGCUCUUUCCCUGCGUCCCCUGCGGUCGAGAUGUGGAACUGGGCGAGAGAGGGUUGGUUGACUGCAUGAGGAACCUCACACUGGAGCGCAUAGUGGAGAGGUACAGACACACAGUGAGUCUUGGCAGUGUGGCAGUGAUGUGUCAGUUCUGUAAGCCCCCACAGGCUCUGGAAGCCACUAAGGGCUGUGCAGACUGCAGGGCCAGCUUCUGCAAUGAGUGCUUCAAGCUCUACCACCCCUGGGGCACCCCCCGUGCCCAGCAUGAGCAUGUUCAGCCCACUCUCAACUUUAGGCCCAAAGUGUUGACAUGUCCGGAACAUGAUCAGGAAAAGUUACAGUUCUACUGUAAAUCAUGCCAAAGGCUGCUUUGCUCCCUCUGUAAGCUCCGUCGGGUCCAUGCAGGUCACAAGAUUGUGCCAGUCACCCAAGCAUAUCAGGCACUCAAGGACAAGAUCACCAAGGAGCUCAACUAUAUCCUGUCCAAUCAGGGCACAGUGCUGACUCAGAUCACACAGCUGGAGAAUGCCAUCACUCAAACUGAGGUGAACAGUGUAGGAGCCCGUGAGCAGCUCUCUCAGUGUGUGCGUGAGCUGAUGGCCCUGCUGUCAGAGCGACAGGGAAUGCUGGCCCAGGGCCUGGAGAGCUCACGCCAGAAGCGGAGCGAGGCCUUAGCCAAUCAGGUAGCUGAGAGGCGGAGCCUGCUGGAGCAUGCAGGACUUAUGGCUUUUACCCAGGAGCUGCUAAAAGAGACAGAUGCAGCUUGCUUUGUACAUGCAGCAAGGCAAACCCACAAUAGGUUGGCCCAGUCCAUUGAGUCCCUGCAGAGUUUUUCUCUCUCCGCUGAUCCGUCAUUCAGACACUUCCAGCUGGACGUUUCCAGAGAGCUUAAACUUCUUACUGACCUAAACUUCAUUCAGGCUCCACUAGCUCCUGUGAUUGAUACCCAGCGCACCCUCGCCUACGAUCAGCUCUUCCUGUGCUGGCGGCUUCCGCAGGAAUCCUCCCCUGCAUGGCACUUCUCAGUGGAGUACCGUCGCCGGGGUGUGGUACCAGGAGGUGGCGCAAGAGGCGGCAUCCGUGGGGGUUUGGCUGGGGCCCGCUGGGGCUGGCAGCGAUUAGAGGAGGUGAGCGGGACCAGCGCAGUGAUUGACAGACUGGAGAUGGACAGCGUGUAUGUGCUGAGAGUAAGGGGCUGCAACAAAGCUGGCUUUGGAGAGUACAGUGAGGAAGUAUACCUACACACCCCUCCAGCUCCAGUACUGAAUUUCUACCUGGACUCGCGCUGGGGUCUGCACGCUGACAGACUGGUGGUCAGUAAAGAGCAGCGUUGCGCCCGCAGUGUGCCAGGCCUUUCCCUUCUGCAGGCUGCUGACCGUGCCCUCACUUCCUGUCACCUGACUGCUGACCUGCUGGUGGGUGAUGUAGCUGUUACGCAGGGGCGCCACUACUGGGCAUGCUCAGUGGAACCUGGGUCCUACCUGGUCAAGGUUGGUGUUGGUCUGGAGUCCAAACUUCAGGAAUGGUUCCAUCUGCCUCAAGACAUGGCCAGCCCACGGUAUGACCCAGACAGUGGACAUGAUAGCGGGGCUGAGGAUUCUUCCGACUCUCCGCCCCCUUUUACCUUCCUCACCAUGGGCAUGGGCAAGAUCUACUUGCCACCCUCUGCUAACUCCCACCACGGAACAGCCAACCACCGAGAUGGCGGCAUCACCAACGGCAACGGCCCUUCCUCUCCAACUGGCGUCACCUAUCCUCUGCCUCCCAGGCUUGGGGUGUGUCUCGAUGUGGAGAAGGGGCGUGUCACUUUUUAUGAUGCACAUUCUCUACGCCCACUCUGGGAGGGGCCUGUGGACUGCUCUGCCCCUGUCUGCCCUGCCUUCUGCUUCAUUGGAGGAGGUGCUCUGCAGCUGCAAGAGCUGGUAGCAAAUCGUAAUGCAGACCAGACACCCGUCAGACGAGUUACCAUCCAAUCACGUGUCACUAAAUUGAACUGAA